GUUAAAAUUAUAGUUAAGAAAGAGAUAGAAGCAUGAAACUCAACUUCAAAAAAAUGAUGUAUGUAAAAGUUCUGAUUAUGGUAAUAGCGAUAUGGUUCGUACCCAUGACCUACAGUAAUGGAGCCGAAGCACCCGCUGGUGAUGUAGCCGAGGCACCCGUAGCCAAUGCAUUCAACAAUGAUUGGUAUGACGCACGAGCCACAUUUUACGGUGACAUCCAUGGUGGAGACACUCAAAAGAAGAAGGUAGAAGAAAAGAUGACGACGCAGAAGAAAGAGAUGGAAGUGGUGAAGGAUCUCGACUUGGAGAGAUACAUGGGCCGUUGGUACGAGAUUGCUUCUUUCCCUUCCAUUUUUCAGCCCAAGAACGGUGUUGACACUCGCGCCCCCUACACCCUCAACCCUGACGGCACGGUUGAUGUCUUGAACGAGACGUGGAACGGUGGCAAGAGAGCUUUCAUCCAAGGCUCGGCAUACAAGACUGAUCCUAAGAGAGACGAGGCUAAGUUCAAAGUUAAGUUCUACGUCCCUCCUUUCCUCCCUAUCAUUCCUGUCACUGGAGAUUACUGGGUGUUGUAUAUUGAUCCUGAGUACCAGCACGCCGUCAUCGGCCAGGCUUCAAGGAGUUAUCUUUGGAUACUGAGCAGGACGGCGCAUGUGGAAAAGACCGCAGAACAGGAAGCUAGAAUCAGUGAGGAAGCCAAGGUGUUUGGCACAGUGGCGCAUGUCCAUCCUAUGCUCCUGACGACACCAAGGAUCAAAUGCUAA